UAAGGGGAACACACUGACGGACAUUCUGCCCUCAUACGCACACACACACACGCACACACACACUCACACACACGCACACACACAUGGAGUACCACUGCACUCUGCUGCUCUGGAUCCUCUGCUUGCUGCCAGGGCUCCAUGACUGUUUUAACAUCGACACGAAGAACCAUAGAAUCAUAAAGGGCCCAAAGCAGACACAGUUUGGCUACACAGUGCAGCAACACACAGCCGGAGGACAGAAGUGGUUACUGGUGGGAGCUCCAUUAGAAACAAAUGGGCAGCACCAAACGGGUGAUGUGUAUAAGUGUCCUUUAAGCAGGAGAGCUGCAGGCCCCAGUUGCACCAAGCUCAAUUUAGGAAAGAUAUCUUUGACAAAUGUCUCUGAACGUAAAGAUAAAAUGAGGCUGGGGAUGACACUUACCUCCAACCCUAAAGACAACAGCUUUGUGGCGUGUGGUCCUCUGUGGUCGUACGAAUGUGGCAGCUCCUACUACAGUACAGGAAUCUGCUCGAGAGUCAACGCCAGCUUUAAAUUCUCUCGCACCAUUGCUCCAGCUUUCCAAAGAUGUGAGACCUAUAUGGAUAUUGUGAUAGUUCUGGAUGGCUCUAAUUCUAUUUACCCAUGGUAUGAAGUUCAAGACUUUCUCAUCAAUAUCCUGCAGAAAUUCUACAUUGGGCCAGGACAGAUACAGGUUGGUGUGGUCCAGUAUGGAGAGAAGGUGGUGACUGAGUUCCAGCUCAAUGAUUAUCGUUCAGUGGAGGAUGUAGUGAAGGCUGCCAGAAAGAUAGAACAGAGGGGAGGAGAGGAGACCAACACUGCACUGGGCAUUAAUGUGGCACGAUCUCAGGCCUUUAAACAGGGUGGGAGGAGAGGAGCGAAGAAGGUCAUGAUCGUGAUAACAGACGGGGAGUCACAUGACAGCCAGGACCUACAGCAGGUUAUCGAGGACAGUGAGAAGGAUGGCAUCAUUCGAUAUGCCAUUGCUGUGCUGGGCUAUUACAAUCGUCGAGGAAUCAACCCCGAGGCUUUCCUUAAUGAGAUCAAGUACAUCGCCAGUGACCCUGAUGACAAACAUUUCUUCAAUGUGACUGACGAAGCUGCCUUGAAAGACAUUGUGGAUGCACUGGGAGAGAGAAUCUUCAGCUUGGAAGGAACUAGCAAGAAUGGGACUGCAUUUGGUCUCCAGAUGUCCCAGGCCGGUUUCUCCACACAUGUAGUUCAGGAUGGGAUUCUGGUGGGUGCGGUGGGGGCAUAUGAUUGGAACGGAGCUGUACUGAAGGAGACCCGUCAUGGUAAGGUGAUUCCACCCAAGUCCUCCUAUGCCCAGGAGUUCCCGGAGGAGCUGAAGAACCAUGGAGCUUACUUAGGUUACACUGUGACAUCGGUGGUGUCUGCGCGGAGUGGUCAGCUGUAUGUGGCCGGAGCUCCUCGUUUUAACCACACAGGCAAAGUCAUCGUUUUUACCCUGCAGAACACAGGAGAACUCAACAUACUGCACUCACUGAAAGGACAGCAGAUUGGCUCCUACUAUGGCAGUGAGAUUGCUCCAGUAGACAUCGAUGGAGAUGGAGUCACAGAUAAUCUGCUGGUUGCUGCCCCAAUGUUCUUCAGCGGAGGCUGGGAAAGAGGCAAAGUCUACAUCUAUAAAGUCACAGAACAGCCCCGUUUCAUUCUGGAGGGGGCACUGGAGCUUACUGAGCUGGGGCAGAAUGCCAGGUUUGGCUCGGCCCUGGCCCCAGUGCCUGACCUAAAUGGUGACUCCUUUAAUGAUGUGGUGGUGGGAGCUCCACUGGAGGAUGAUCAUAGAGGAGCCAUUUACAUCUAUAACAGCCAGCCCAACAGGAUACUGAGGAAGUAUAAACAGAGGAUUGGUGCAGCACAGCUAGCCCCUGGUUUGCAGUACUUUGGCAGGAGCAUCCAUGGAAAACUAGACAUGAAUGGUGAUGGUCUGGUGGACCUGGCUGUGGGCUCCCUUGGUGCUGCUAUCCUCCUCUGGUCUCGCAGCGUGAUCCGCAUUCAUGCCAAUGUUCGAUUUGAACCCAGCAAGGUCAAUAUCUUCAAUAAGGACUGCCGCCGAGGAGGGAAGGAUGUGACAUGUAUGUCGGCUAUAGUGUGUCUAAAUGUCACUGCCAGGACUGCCAUCAAAGCCUCACAGGAAGUAGAUCUUUGGUACAGUGCUGUUAUUGAAGAAAAGCGAUUUAACCCUCGUGCUGUGAUGGAUGAUCCAGAGCGACAGCAGCCACAGAACCUCACCCUGCUUUCCGGAGAGGAGACCUGUGAACACAUCUUUUUCCAUGUUAUGGACACUACAGAUUAUGCCAGGCCCAUCAUAUUUAGUGUGGAAACAGGUCUACAGGACCCAGAACAGGGUCCCACGCUAGAUGACACCUGGCCAACCACCAUAAAAACCCAGCUUCCUUUCUGGAAUGGCUGUGAUGAAGAUGAUCACUGUGUUCCAGACUUGGUGAUACAAGCACAGACCGACCUGAUCAGUCGCGAGCAGUUUUGUGGACAGGCAUUCCGUGGAGGCAGUGUUUUGUGUCGCAGUCCAACCCCAGCAGAAGUGAGUGAGAGAGUUAUAGAGGGGUCCAGGAGGAAGAUGGUAAUGGAUGUUCGUCUGGAGAACCGGGGAGAAAAUGCUUACGGAGCCCGCCUUAACAUCUCAUACUCCAGAAACCUACACUUCUCCAACCUUGUAGUGAAGGAUAACUCAGACAUACACAUUAACUGCCGCGGUGGGGACAAGCAGAGAAAUGAGAAACACUGCAAUGUUAGUGCUCCCUUCAUGAGAGCUAAGACUCAGGUCACCUUCCGUUUGGAGUUUGAGUUCAGCAACUCUGUGUUGCUGGACCAUGUUUGGGUCAUUCUGGGAGCCAGCAGUGACGGGGAGGAGGUUGCUUUACACGACAACAUUAACGAUAUUUUCUACACACUGAGAUACGAGGCUGACCUGCUGUUCACGAGAGAUUCCAGUCCGUCACGCUGGGAGCUCAAAGCUGAACUCUCUCUGGAGAAGCCUGGGAACAUCCAGCCGCCCUUCAACUUUACCUUUCAAAUCCAAAACCUGGGCUACUUUCCUGUGAGAAACCUGCAGCUGAACAUCUUGAUCCCUGAAGUGACAAAAAAUGGUAAUCAGCUCCUGCAGAUCCAAGACUUCCAUGCCAACCAGGAAAAUGGGAUUCAGUGCAUUCCUCCUCAACAUUUAGCACACAGUCGUGCAUCACCUGAAGACCUGACCCGCAUCUCACGUCUGAAUUUCACCAAUACCCUGACUGUGCCAGUGCAGUGCAGCGUCAACUUGACCUCUUACAGAGACGUCAGUGUGACGAUCAGCGGGUCUCUGCGUGUUGACUCCCUACAUGCACUGAAGUUUAAAACGCUGGAGUUAGUGACUACAGCCUCGAUGGAGCUGGGACCAGACAGCCCCAUGUUCCUUCAUGAAGAGAAACCCAUCAGACACAUAAUUCUAGAAAUUAGGAAGGAAGAAGAUUACCGUAUUUCCAUCUGGAUUAUUAUUGGGAGUACACUUGGGGGGCUGUUGCUACUCUCUCUCCUCAUUUUAGCUCUGUGGAAGCUGGGUUUUUUUCAAAGGCAGAAGCACAGGGAGGAGGCAGAAAACGAGGCCAAUGGGAAGGUGGCAGAGGAGCGAUAACGCAGGCUGCCCAUGGGGUUAAACCAAGCCCAACUCUCAGGGAGCAUCCCACAGUAACACUACAUGUCUCAGAAACAGAGAGAGAUGGGGGGAGUGAGUGAGUGGCAGAGAAAAACAGGAGAGAGAGAGAGGGAGAGAGAGAGAGAGAGAGAGACAGAUUGGGAAUAGGAGAGAGAAAUGUAAUAAGAUUGAAUGAAAAGUGAAAAAGAGAAGAGAAGAGAGAUAUAUAGAAAGAAUCAUGAGACGGACACAGUGAGAAAGAAAAUGGAGGAUUUGCUCUGUGCACUGGAUGAUCUGUUGCUCAAUCUUAAGAAUAACACUGCAUCGCCCUUCACCUGGCCUGCACUGCUUACUGAGCCGAACCCAUGGAUCAAGGACAAGUCCCCACAUCUCAUCCUCGAUCACACCCUAUAGUGGCCCUAGUGCUUCACACUAAGAAAGGAAAAAUGAAAUAUACCAAUGGGACAUCGUACAAAACAAAGAUUUUUGGGAAAUCCAUUUAGGAAAGACUUCUGGGAAUAUGAGUUUUCACAUGGUAUCUGACUCAUCGCAUCUGAUCUUCUGCCAAAUUAAAUGUCACGUUCUGCAAAUAUACAAGAGAAACCUCAAAGGGCUGUGACUGUCCACAACAGCCAUGUUUCCUGGUGCUUUUUCUCCGAAAGUAGGACAUCUUGGAAAAAGACAGAGUGAGGAACGAGAGAAAAAGAGUUCGCACAAGAGCUGGCUUGCUUUUUGUAAUAACAUCGACAGAUAUACAGCACUGCACAAAAGUCAGAGACCACCUUUUAUAUAUAAAAUUUCUCAUCAAAACAGCCUUUAAGUACAAGUUAUUUAUCAGGGAAAAAAGGAUUUAGAAAACAUGCAUUUAACAGAAAAUGACAAAGCUGAAAAUGUCCUCCCUUUGCCUUUAUUACAGCAUAUUUUUUUGAGUGGGCUGUUCUCAGGUUUUCAAAAAAAUACACAAGAAUAUUUUUUCACACCUCCAAAGUUCAGUUUUAGAAGUUGGUUGUAUUUUCUGCUUCUCAUUAUCCAGGUAGUAACCAGCGCAUUCAGUGAUGUUGAGGUCUGGGACUCUGUCCAUUGGUCUGAACACCAACAGAUUUUUAGAUUUUUAAAUUUCUUUUUCUCAGUAAGGGCUUCUUGACAGCUCCACCCAUAGCGUGGAGUUGUCUUCUUACAAUGGAGAGAUGGACAGACACACCAGAUUUGAAGCAAGUGUGGGGCUUGAUCUUCUCUUAUUCACCUGUGAAGUCCACCCUUUACCAUUAUUACAGUGUCUGUUCUUUUCAUAUUUUUAUUAGCCCUCCAAAGUUCAGUCCUAGAAGUUGGUUGCAUUUUCUAUUUUUCAUGAUCCAGGUAAUCCCAAUUACAGAUUGGGACUCACUGGUCUAUCUUACUCAACAGCUCAGAUGUGUAGUUUUGCUGUUCUAGACGUUUUUCUUCUUUUUGUCUGCUUCCUUUUUAAGGGCUUUGUGACAACUACACAUCCUCUCAGACCUCUAUCAUUGAGUUUUCUUCUUAAAGCGUAAGAUUGGAAUGUGUAGCUUUUUCAGAUCUGAAGCAAGUGUGACAUGAUGACAGUUUUGAUGGUCUAUCUGAUGUUGCAGGGUUCUUAGGAGUCCCAUUUUCACUUAUAUUUUUUGUGCAUUUUUAAAGUGGAUUUUUUUUGUCUAUUGUCUAAAUAUCUCCUGAGAAAUUAAUAACUUGUUCUUAAUGUCCAUUAUGGCUGGAAGUGAAAUAAAUAAAUAAAGGGUGGUCCCCGACUUUUGCACAGUACUGUAAGAAGUAUCAUUAGGCACUGGUGUAACUAGCUCGUUUAUUUGCAGUGUUUAUAAUUUAUUGUUAUGAAAAUGUAUAGUGUUUUGGAUGUUUUUCCACAGUGUUUCAGCAGAAUGUCCUCCUGUGGUAUUCAUAAUUGAUAACACGUCCACAUUGCCCUAGCAGGGUAUUUUGAUCAUUCAUAAGAAUUAUUCUCUUCGCUUUGAGAGAAUGAUCGAUUUCCAGAUUACGUUUUUUUUUUGUCUAAUUAUUUUUGAUGCACUUUUUUGAUAUUGUAGAAAUACAAACUUGAAUUUUGUAAAUAUGCAACUAGCUUUUUUUAUAACCCAAGUUGAAAAAGGUGUAAUAUUGCUUCCACAAGGCCUGUGGCAUUACCUUGUAGCUCUAGUGACCCUAGUUUUGCUUUUAGGACAAACCAUGGUGUUCAUCUUCACAUAUGCUCAGCACCUCAACAAAUAGCCUUUGAGAAAGGGUAUGCUUAUUGUACAGUUUCAACCAGGCUCAGCUUCUCCAUCUGUGCUGUGGAUGGCACUUUAGAUUAAAACAUCAAGAACAAUGUCAAACAUUUGAGACUGUUCAUCAAGAACAGUGUCGACUGUUGAGAACUCAACUUAAGAUGGUCAUUGUUUUUAGUGUCGAAACUGUAGUAUGUAAUAAAGGCAGUGGAAUUUGAAUGUAUUAUGCUUUUUUAAUCUAUUAUGGUGUAUGUCAAAAAAUUAGGAUGAGUAUUUGUAUAAAACUGAAUAAAAUAAAUGCCCAUUUUAUAAGUGAGCUAAAACCCCU